CAUUAAGUAGUGGGGACGUUUUUUAGGUGUGGUGGUGAUAACUCCUUUGGUGAUUCACACUAACACGAAUUCGUCUCUGACUGACGUCGCAGGAUAUCAGUUGACUAAGAAGCGAAGUUUUAUUGUACAGCUUAGUGCACAUCAAUAACUAAAGAAAAUGUCUUCCCGCAAAACAGGACCUCGUCGUGGCACUGCCAAGAAACGCGCACAACGUGCUACAUCGAAUGUAUUUGCUAUGUUUGAUCAGGCACAGAUUGCUGAAUUCAAGGAGGCCUUCAACAUGAUUGACCAAAACCAUGAUGGUUUUGUAGACAAGGAAGAUCUGCAUGACAUGCUGGCCUCACUGGGCAAGAACCCUACUGAUGAUUAUUUGGAUGGCAUGAUGAAUGAAGCACCAGGUCCUAUCAACUUUACUAUGUUCCUGACAUUGUUUGGUGAACGUUUACAAGGCACUGAUCCGGAAGAUGUCAUCAAGAAUGCCUUUGGUUGCUUUGAUGAGGAAAACAUGGGCGUAAUGAAUGAAGAACGUUUGCGCGAACUUUUGACGACAAUGGGAGAUCGUUUCACUGACGACGAAGUCGAUGAAAUGUAUCGUGAGGCUCCGAUUAAAAAUGGAUUAUUUGAUUAUGUUGAAUUCACUCGCAUUCUUAAGCAUGGAGCUACUGAUAAGGAUGAACAGUAACUCUUUAGGGUGAUAACGUUAUGUUCAUGAAGGAAGCUAAUUCUAUUAAAUUAUUCAUUUAUACUUUAUACAUUCAAUAAACAGGGGUAAUAUUUUCAAUACCUUAGAAAGGAAAUGCAUUUUGAAAGUUAGUAGAAUGUAGUUUUUAUAUAAAUUUACAACAAGAAAUUUAUUAUGUACUUAGAAAACACUAAUUGGGGGUUUAUAUAUCAUUUUGUAAUAUGCCAUAGAAUCUUUUUGAGGAAAAUUUAUAUUAUGAGUGAAAUAAAUAGAUAAUCAAUUA